AUAUAUGUAAAGCGUUUUGACAUUUGAAUAAAUCUUUCGAUAUUUCAACAAUUUUAGAGAACAACAAGCACAAAUUUUUAAUGAGGAUUGCUUUAAAGAAAAAUUGCUCGUGAAUUAAUAAUGGAAUUAUCACCCAAUGCGGAGGCAGUGGAUAUAAAACCUACUCUAACAGCAGACGGCUUAAUAAAGACUUCACCUACAGCACCACCGGUGACGACCGCAAAUAUUACGGCUGGUAAUAGCGGUUUGACAGUUGCACGACUUGACAUAGAAAUAUUGCCUGUUAUAUACGAUAUAUUGCGUUGUGUAGAGAAGGAUCCUUUGGAUAACAGCACCAAGCAACGUGAAUCUCAAGAGUGUAGCCAAAAGAUUUUAGAACUGCAGAAACGUUUUGAAUCCGCCCGCAACCAAAUCAAACAGUUACCAGGCAUCGACUACAAUAAAGAAGAACAGUUACAGAAAUUAGAACUGCUACAUAAUCAAUUGACGUUGAAACAACAAUUAAUUCGGAAAUACAAAGAUAUACAAUUUUAAGCCCGCGAAAAUGGUCUUGCGGCUAUUGAUGCGUUAUUUAGCAAAUAAUGAACAACUUAUACAACGUAUGGCUGAAAGUUAUCCUAUGCGCAGA